CGCCGCGCGUCGCGAAACUUUAGUUAAAACGCGCCCGUCGGACGGUUAUGAACGUUUGCCUGCCCGGAGCGCGAAGAUCUCGAGAUUUACGUCGGAUCCGUUGAAAUGUGGCUGAAUUGGCCGGACAGAGCGCCAUGAGCCAUGCGGUUGGGCAGCUGGUGGGCCCUUGUAUGGCUCGCCUGGCUGCUCGGUUAUGUACAUAGCUUGCCGCCCGUCAUUAAAAUAGGUGCAAUCUUCACCGAGGACCAACGUGACGGCAGUACAGAAUUGGCGUUCAAGUAUGCCGUGUACAAAAUCAACAGGGAUAAAACGAUCCUGCCAUUUACCUCCUUGGAGUAUGACAUUCGCUACGUACCCAAGGAUGACAGUUUUCAUGCCAGUAAAAAAGCCUGCAGCCAGGUACAGCUCGGCGUGCAAGCCGUAUUCGGUCCCUCCGAUCCCCUUUUGGGAGCACACAUUCACUCGAUCUGCGACGCACUGGACAUUCCGCAUUUGGAAGCGCGAUUAGAUUUGGACACGGACGUUAGGGAAUUUUCAAUUAAUCUGCAUCCGGCCCAGCACUUACUGAACGCGGCGUUCCAGGAUAUUAUGAGCUUUCUUAAUUGGACCAAGGUGGCCAUCAUCUACGAGGAGGAUUAUGAAAAGUCCGAGACGGAUACAUUUUUCGGCGUCUUAAAGACUAAAGUUAUUUCAAAAUUUGGCAAAGAUAAUCCGUCCACAAUUACGGACACUUCUCCUAUCGAACGCAAAUUGGCACGCUUGCCUCGUAUUAAUUUAACAUCAUUCUCGGGAAAAUACGAAGAAUGGUUAAGUUUCCGCGACUCCUUUCACUCUCUAAUCGAUUCGAAUAAGUCACUAACAACAAUUGAAAAAUUUCAAUAUUUAAAAGGUGCUGUAAUUGGCGAAGCAGCAGCCGUCAUAAAAUGUUUGGAAACAUCUGAGACUAAUUAUGAUCAAGCCAAAGAUUUACUAAAAAGUAGAUAUGAAAAUAAACGCGUCAUUAUCAGUAAUCACAUUAAAGCUCUUUUUGAAUUGCCUGUAGUUACAAGAGAAUCGCACGAUAAUUUUCGCAACAUGCUCGAUUCCAUUUUGCAGCACACACGUGCGUUAAAAGCAAUGGGUCGCCCGGUAGAAGGUUACGAUGACUUUCUGAUUUAUUUAAUCACAUCAAAAUUUCCAUUUUCGACACGUAAGGAAUGGGAAGAUAAGGCUAACGUCUCACAAAUCUUUGAUCCCUUAGGUCUUGUAGGUCCAGUCACGGUUAUGGCAAAGCUGCUUAUGCAGGACAUUUGGAAAUUACGCAUUGGUUGGGAUGUGGAGCUCUCGCAAAAUUUAAAGCAUCGUUGGGAGGAGAUUUCAAGUCAAUUACUUACCAUUGGGCACAAAAGGAACUGCGAGUUUUGGAUCAGGGGUACAGAUAAAGGUAUCUUGGAUAAUCCACUGCACUCACUCCCUGCCAACACCACGUGCUUGUACCACCUCCAAGGGAUCGACACGUCCGUAUCGCCUUCGCCGAUUCCCUUCCGGCCGAUAUCCAGGUACCCUGAGGGAAUUUGGAGACCGACCAGGCUACUGUUUCCACCGCCUCGGUACAGGGUAUGGCUAUCGGUUACCAAAUUCCACGUGGCGGGUUCGAAGGACUUGCAAAAACAAGACCAGGAAAUGUGCAGAAGUAGCUUGAAAGUUUGGGAUGGACAAGUAUGGACCGGAACUAAUUGCAACGACUUAUUCUGCAGCAAGGAUAAGUUGAAAAACGUCCCGAAAACGAGCAUGUCAGGGCCCUUAGGGCUCGGAAAAAACGUGACCCUUCUAGCGAGAUAUUGUCGAGAACAUAUAGCGAGAACGUGCGAUCAUUCCAUGUUAGCAAAUACCACCCGGUUUCCACGUCCGUGUUCAUUAAGCGAGAGUUUCCUAUCCUCCGGAGAUAGUCUCACGUUAGAAUUACAAGUGUCCGACUCGACGGCGUUGAGGCCGGUACAAUUUCGCGCCUUGUACGAGUUCGUCGAUUUGCAUCAAGACGGCGAGCCUUACGGAAUUGGAGCGUGUUCGAGGAAAUUUACUACUCCCCUACAAAAUACGCAGCAGAAGUUUCAGGCGCCACGCGAUAUAUUCCUUUACGGGCGAGGCGGAGCGAAAAAUUUAAGGUAUGUGUUUACGUAG